AUGGCAUCAUCAGCAAAACGAAGAACCAAAGGAAGCAAAGCUUCCGAUGGGAAAAGAAAACGGAAACACAGUGGGAGUGAUGAAGAUGGUCCAGCUUUUCUUUCUUCCAAGUAUGCAGAACCACCAACUUCCAAAAUAUAUAAUAGUCGAUUUUUGACUAAUGCUCCAGCUGAAUUAUUUCGCAAAGAUCUCAUAAGUGCAAUGAAGCUACCUGAUAGUGAACAACUUACUACUGAUGAAUAUUGGUUGAUUGAGGAUCCUUGGAAACCAGAAUGGGAGAAAGGUGUGCAGGUUCCAGUUUAUCCGGAAGCAUUGCCAGAACCAUCACUACGCAUUAUAAGGAAGAAAAGCAAGGAAGCAAACUUCAAGCUCCCCAAAAAGCUCAUUCGUUUUACUCGUGAUGCCUUUUUCAACCCCGAAAUGCAUGUCAUGAGCUAUACGAAUACGCUUGCUGAGCGAACUUGCCGGUAUGACAUGGAUGAUGUGGAUAUACAAUGGCUGAGGCUUAUUAAUGAAGAUAGAGAAGAUUUCGGUCUUCUGCCUCUAGAAGAAAAUGUUUUUGAGCAGGUCAUUGAAGAGUUUGAAGCUCAGGCGUAUGUAAAUUUUCAAGAAGCAAUAAAAAGUGAAGCAGGUUUAGGUCUGGAAUAUGAUGAAGACGCCAUCUGUGAUGUUUGUCGAUCUCCUGAUUCUCAGGAGGACAAUGAAAUGGUAUUUUGUGAUUCAUGUAACAUAUGUGUCCAUCAAAUAUGUUAUGGCAUUACCAAAAUACCUGAAGGUAGCUGGAUUUGUCGUACUUGUGCUCUUGGUAUCAGACCAGCUUGUGUCUUAUGUCCAAAUAGAGGUGGAGCUAUGAAAACCACAAGAUGCGGUCAAAAGUGGGCUCAUGUAAGCUGUGCUGUUUGGAUACCUGAAGUUUCUUUUCUUAACUUUGUGAAGAUGGAGCCUAUUGUUAAAAUAACUCAUAUACCUGCUACUCGAUGGGCUCUAGUUUGUAUUUUGUGCAAAGAAAAAAAUGGAGCUUGUAUUCAGUGUGCUGAAAAGGGCUGCAAAUCAUCAUUUCAUGUCACCUGUGCAUUUAAGGAGGGCUUAAAAAUGAAUGCAACAAUCAGACCUAAUAUGACGGAAGAUGACUUAUUAAAAGCUUUUUGUUCCAAACACAGUAGAAGAAAGCAUUUAAUGUUUUCUGACUCGGAAGGCGAAAAUGAGCCCAAAAAGAAGACUGAAAAAGAAGGUCGAGAAUUAUUAAGCAGUGAACAGCGAGCUAAUCUGAGACAACAAAAAAUUCAAGAAAAAGAAGCUCAAUUUUACAAUUAUGUAAAUCUUGGUGAUGUUGCCGAAUUAUUCCAAUUUGAUCGAACGGAAAUUGAAAUAAUAUUCAAUUACUGGAAGUUAAAACGGAAGGCCAAUUGGAAUCGAGCACUCUUGCCACCGAAAAUCGAUACAGAAAAUGAAUGUUCUGAAGAAAAUGCUCCAUUUGCUUUCCUGAAAAAACUUGUACAUCAUCGACAAGACCUGGAGAGAGCUCGCAAUCUAUGCUACAUGACAAUGAGAAGAGAAAAAAGUACCAAACAGUGGGUUCAAAUUAAAGAAAAGAUAUUUGAAAAGCAAGUUGGAGUUUUGACAAAAUAUGGAGUCAACUUAUCAGAAGAUGAAAUUUCUGCCGUUCAAAAUGCAAAUGUUGGUGAUUUAGCGUACGAUAAAAAAUAUACUGGAAUGAAUGCUCCUUCACCGAACAUGGUUAGUGUCCUCACUAACCUUGUGGGUGAAGACAUCACAAAACCGCAAUUCAACGGCAACAAUGUGAAAAUGUCCAGGAAAAAUGACCGUACCAAAUGCGAAAAUCCCUAUGCAAAGUUUUAUUUGAAUGGUCUUGCAAAGAGAUCUCAGAGAUUUUUUCAGGUUGACAAGCGUAAGAAAGUGUCGAAUUUACAAAGCAAUUCUUUUGUAGAUGAUAAAAGUAACCCUAAUUUUAGCUUUCAGAGUGCUUCUGACCAUUUUGUUAGUGAUGAUGGUCUUGAGUUACACAAAGAUUUGGAUGAUUUGAAUCGGUCUUUCAUGUCUGAAAAUGAAAUUAAAUACGAGUCGGAAAGUACGUGUGAUGAAACCAAUACAAGUAAUCUGAAUGCUUAUUCUAGUAUUAAAAAUGAGUCCCUGGACAGUGAUAUUGAGAAUAAGAGAAGUAGUAUUGAGAUUAAGGCGGAGUCUCAAUGUGCGCCAGUUGUACAGUCGCCCAAAGCAAGCAAUACAUACCUUCCGUCUUUAAAUAUUUCAGAAGAAAACAUAUCUUUUGAGAAGAAAUCUGAAAAUUUCCCUGUGAAAAUUGAGCCUGUCAACAGCAAUACUGAGUAUGACAAAUCAUCUGAGUUUGAAAAAGUGAAAAAAGAACCCAUAGUGAAGGAAGAAGAAAGCACAGCAAAAUGUACAAGUGAAAAUGACUCUAGUUCCUUUAAUGCGGCAGAAGUCGUCACAUGUAAAAAUGAAGAAAACAGUCUGGAUACAUCAGCCUUGACUAUUAACGUUAAAGCUGAAAGCAACUUAAGUAUUAAUAAUGACACUUCUGGCAGAAAAAUAAAAGUUGAAGUUGAUGCAAAGCUAAAUUCACCAGUUUGUGUGUUGGUUGAUUCCAAUGUACCCUUGCUUGCACUGAAAACUGGAAAGUUGAAAAUUGAAUCCAAAACAAUGGAAGGCUUUAAAAAUUCUAACAUUAAAAAUGAUCCAAUAAUCUCUAAUUGUAACAACAGUUCCGUUGAAAAUAUAAACACAAAAAAGACUUCCAUUAAAGAUUGUAGUUUGAAUAAAGAUAAAAUGGACCCUAAAGUGUGUCUUGUACCAUACAAAGGCUCUGUCCGAACUCAGUCACCUUUACCUCUAAGUACUACAGAAAAUGUUAGCAAAUUGAGUCCAAAACAUAAUCAGUAUCAACACUCAUCGAAAUCAUCUAAACAGAAACCCAAGAACAUCAACACAUCUCACCCAGCUGCACCUCUAUCUGUAAAUAAGCAACAUCCUUCAUCUCCAUCUACGAAGUGCCAGGAUAAAAAUCCAUUUUCGAAAGCUGAUCCCCCCGAGGAACAACAGAAAGGGAAUUCCGAUGGAAAGGAAAAGGUCCAAGAAGUGCAAGUGCCGAAGAAAGAUACGCUGCGCGGGUAUAAGAUUCCCAAAAAACCCAGGACAGACAAACCAGAGGAAAACAGCUUGGAUUUGAAGCGGGGCAACUCGCCGCUUUCCCCCCUGCCCGAUAUAACCUCGACUAGCCUGAGCAGCUAUCAUGCGAAGGGAAAAUCGUCUUGGAGAAAACUUGAACCUCGGACAACCAAAGCUGUCCCCAGCAAUUCUCGUACUAAUCUCAACGGAGAUGUCCACAAUCAGGACGCAGAGAGAAUAGUCAUAAAGUUGAAAAAGGACACUUCGAAUCCCGAGCUGCAGCAUUGGAAGUCGGAUUCCAACGCCUUCUUGCGGGGAGGCAUGCCGUGUGGUUGGAUUGGAGAGUUCCAGUCCAUGCCUCCUCCCAUGUUGCAUCCUCCUUUCCCUCCUCGCCCAAUAGGAGGAGGACCCUGGCCCAGGAUGAGGCCGCGGGGCGGGUUCCCAAGGAUACCAAUGAACUAUCACGGUAGCACAUACACAUGA